GUUCCCAUAUCUCUUCCCUCUUGCGUCUCCCUCCCUCCCAUUUAGAUUCCAAUGAGAGCCCUGCUCUAAUACCCUCAUUGUUGGUUACCAUUUCAGUCUGUUGGCGUGCUCCUGAUAGGUUCUGAAAUCAACUUUACCAACUGCACAUUUUUUUCCCAAUGGCCCGCUCUGCCCACAGCAUUGUUAAUAUGUUCUUCUUGUGCUUGAAUAAUGUGAGAUUCUUCUGGUAGCUCAUGUACCUUGUGAUUUGCAGUGAGGCAAAACCUGGAACAUUCCGAAGGAUGCCCAAUGUGCCUAUUUUGAACUAAAGACCAAGCUUCUUAACAUAACGUGUCUUCUCUCUUGCCCUAGGAAUUAAAGCAGGACAUUUCCAGCUUUCGAUAUGAAGUGCUUGACCUCUUAGGAAAUAGGAAGCACCAAAGGAGAAGUUUUUCCACUAGCAGCACCGAACUCUCUCAGAGAGAUGAUACCAAUGAUGGCAGUGGCGGGGCUCGGGCCAAAUCCAAGAGUGUCUCUUUCAAUUUAGGCUGCAAGAAAAAAGCCUGCCAUGGGCCACCUCUCAUCAGGACCAUGCCAAGAGUUGGUGGUGCCCAAGGGAAGUCAAAAGCUGAGUCAUCAAGCAAACGCUCCUUCAUGGGUCCCUCUCUCAAGAAACUGGGUCUCCUAUUCUCCAAGUUUAAUGGUCAUAUGUCUGAACCCAGUUCAGAGCCGAUGUACACAAUUUCUGAUGGAAUCGUUCAGCCGCACUAUAUGUGGCAGGACAUCAAAUAUUCUCAGAUGGAGAAAGGGAAAGCAGAGUCCUGUUCUCAAAGUGAAAUUAACCUCAGUGAGGUAGAAUUAGGUGAAGCCCGGGGCCCCGCUCAGAGCAGUGAAUGCCCUCUAGCCUGUUCCAGCUCUCUUCACUGCGCAUCCAGCAUCUGCUCCUCAAAUUCUAAACUUUUAGACUCCUCAGAGGAUGUAUUUGAAACUUGGGGAGAGGCUUGUGACCUGCUCAUGCACAAAUGGGGUGACGGACAGGAAGAACAAGUUACAACUCGGCUCUAAGUCAAGCCGGUAUCACCUGUUCUGGAACUCAGAAAAUUUCUGAUUUCUUUCCUCUCAGAGGUGACAUAGAAUAUGAUUC